CUCAAGUAAUUUUUCUAAUAGUACAAUAAAUAGAAGGCACUGUUGAUGAGAAAUUUGAUGUGGCAAGUUAUUAAUAAUGGUACCAACCCUCCUGAAAUGUACAGAGUCAUUGAAUAGCAAUUAAAGCACAAGAAUGAGACACAAACAAGAGUCAAGAAGAAAAAUGGAAGGAACACCAAAGAAUGAAGAGGCAGAAGAGGUUAUUACAAAUGAGAAGAUUACCACUUUUUAUCUUUAUCAUCCAUGUUCUUUACUCCAAAAAUUUCUUGCAACUUUCUUCAAAUGUUUUGCGUUUGAGAUUGAAACCAACAAAAAAGAACAUGAGGUAGAAUCUCAUUCAGAUCAUACAGAAGAGGAUCUUGGAACUGAAGAAAGCAAGGAAAGAAAUGAACAUGAAAGUUCCCAAAAUGUUGUUACAUGUGCAGAACAAAAGGAAUGUUCAACAAGCACUACUCAAAGUUUUCAACUUAUGAGAACUAUGAUAGUUAGGCGUGGUGGACCAAGAAGAUCAGAUCUUAGUAAAGGAUCAGAUCCUGGGAUUAAUUAAUUAAUUAACACUUAGUUCAAAUAUAUCUCAAAGCUAGUAGUUCUUAUGAAUUUUUAGUCUAUAGUAUAAGCAGAAAUAGUGUUCCAUAGAUUUAAAUGAUGUAAUAUUUCAUUUCUUUCAAUUAUACUAUCUUUCUCUA